AUGCGCGCCGUCCUGAUCAAAGACGCCAAAGGCCCCCUCGAGAACCUCUACAUCGGGCCCACGCCGACCCCCGCCCCCGGCCGCGCGCAGGUCCUCGUCAGAGUCCGCGCGUUCGGCCUGAACAGGAUGGACAUCCACCAGCGCGAGGGCAAGUACCCCGUCCCGCCCGGCGCGUCCGCCAUCCUCGGCGUCGAGUUCUCCGGCACCGUCGCGGGCGUGGGCGAGGGCGUGCAUGAGUGGAAGGAGGGCGACGAGGUCUUCGGGCUCGCGGGCGGGGGCGCGUACGCAGAGUACAUCGCCGUGCCCGCGCAGCUCCUCCUGCGCAAGCCGCCGCUCCUCAGCUGGGCCGACGCAGCCAGCGUCCCCGAGAACUUCCUCACCGCGUACCAAGCGCUCGUCACGAUCGCGGAGCUCAAGCCCGGCGAGAGCGUGCUCGUGCACGCCGGCGCGUCCGGCGUCGGGCUCGCCGCGAUCCAGAUCGCCCGCGCGUACGGCGCGAAAAACAUCAUCGCCACCGCCUCCACCCCCGAAAAACUCCAGUACGUCCUCUCCCUCCCCGCCGGCGCCACCCACGCCGUCAACUACAAGACCCAGUCCUUCGCCGACGAGGUCAAGAACAUCACAGCCGGCAACGGCGUCGACGUCGUGAUCGACUUUGUGGGGCGCACGCAUUGGGCCGGGAACGUGGACAGUCUCGGCGUGGACGGGCGCAUGGUGAUGUUGGCGGUGCUGAGCGGCGCGGAGGUGGACAAGGUGGACCUCGUCCCCAUCCUGUACAAGCGCCUCCGCAUCCAGGGCUCGACGCUCCGCGCGCGCUCGCUCGAGUACCAGGUUGAUUUGGUGCAGAGGUUCAAACGCGACCUGCUCGACAAGAUAUCCGGCGCAGAGGGCGCCGGCGCGGUGCGCACCUACAUCCACAAGGUCUACCCCUGGACGCGCAUCCAGGACGCGCACCGCUGCAUGGAGAGCAACGCGAACAGUGGGAAGAUUGUAUGCGAGAUCACCGAUUCGGAGUAG